AUGGACGUCGAGAAUCGCGCAGUCGCUGCCAUGGUGGCAGACAAGAACCAGCAGAAGAAGGGCGACGACGGGGUGGAAGCGCGAUCGAUUCGCUUUGGCGAGAAUGACCUGUUGUCUGGGGAGAUCAAAGAUGAGGUGCUGGCGGCGAAGAUGACCUUGAUCAACAAUGCGAUUGACGAAAUCGGGUUUACCGCGUACCAUUGGAAGCUGUUCUGUCUCAACGGGUUCGGCUACGCGGUCGACUCGCUGCUUCUACUGCUCCAGUCCAUCAUCGCCACCCAGGCGAAGCUGGAGUUCCAGCCAAGCUUCUCGACCGGUCUGACCAUCGCCGUGUACGUGGGAAUGCUGGUGGGGGCCAUCUUCUGGGGGUUUUCCGCCGAUAUCAUCGGGCGGCGCUUCGCCUUCAAUGUGUCGCUAUUCAUCUCCUCCGUCUUCACGAUCGUCGCUGGUGCCUCCCCCAACUGGGUUGUUCUGGGGUUGUUUAUCUGCCUGGCCGCGUUUGGCGCUGGCGGGAACCUGGUUCUGGACACGGCAGUGUUUCUCGAGUAUCUGCCCAGUAAGGAGCAGUGGCUGUUGACUCUCAUGGCGGCCUGGUGGGGUCUCGGUCAGCUUAUCGCCGGACUCUUUGCUUGGGCGUAUCUGCCUCGCUACUCGUGCGCCGACGCUGCCUCGUGCACCUACAAGAACAACGAAGGGUGGCGGUAUGUCAUGUACACGUCGGGCGUCUUUGUCCUGAUCCUGUCUGUCCUGCGGGUGACGGUAAUCCGACUGCACGAGACCCCCAAGUUCUUAGUCGCCGAGGGCAAGGACGAACAGGUCGUCCGGGUGCUGCAGGAUAUCGCCGAGAAGAAUAACCGCCCCUGCAGCCUGACGCUGGAACAGUUCCAAGCCCUGGGCCCCACGGCACGGGUUUCGAAGAAUCGCAUCUCGCUCGCAGAGGUCGGCUUCCAUCUGCGCGGCCUGUUUGUCACGCGCAAGACCGGCCUGUCCACCGUGCUGGUCUGGUUCUCGUGGCUGCUGAUCGGGCUGGCCUACCCGCUGUACAAUGUCUUCCUGCCCACCUAUCUGGCCUCGCGGGGUGCAGAUUUCGGCACCUCGAGCGCCUACAUCACCUGGCGCAACUACGCCAUCAACAAUGUGUGCAGCAUUUUUGGUCCCGUCCUGGCCGGCUUCAUGUGUCGCUCCAAGUGGUUCUGGGGUCGGCGCGGUACGAUGAUCAUCGGCGCCAUGGUCACCAUGAUCUUCUUCUUCUGCUACACCCAGGUGCGCACCGAGAGCCAGAAUGUGGGCUUCACCUGUGCCAUAUCUUUUUGCUUGAACAUCUACUACGGAACGCUGUAUGCGUAUACGCCGGAGGUCUUCCCCUCUGCUCAUCGCGGAACGGGUAACGGCGUUGCGAUUGGCCUGAACCGAAUCAUGGGGAUCAUCAGCGCGAUAGUCGGCAAGGUAGCCAAUACCAAUACUCCGGUUCCGAUCUAUAUCUGCGCCGCUCUCUACAUUGUGAUGGGAAUCGUUGCCGCAGGUCUUCCCUUUGAACCAUAUGGUCGCCGAAGUGGAUAG